GUCACAUCUACUCCAUAAUGGGUGUUCCUGCUGAUGACAGAACACGACAGGAAAACAACAUAACCUAUAUCGUCUCAACGAUGGUGACAACAGACACUGGCUUUCCAGAUCCUGACAACCCCAGUAACGAAAUAAGAGCCACGAACGACGUAAUUCUGGUCACCGAUGACGAAGAAGACUCCGACAACCAAGAAACCGUAGUUCUAGACGAAUACCAACCCCUUGCAACGGAAGACAUUGGAGAUUUACACCAGUCGAGCAGUGACGACGAAGGUCACGACGUCCAAAUAACAAACUCUACACCUACGAAUGAUUCCGUAGUACCUCCUAUUACUCCGAUGGAAGAAGUAAUAGUAAAAGAAGUGUGGUCGGGUCCCCCACCUAAAUCCGUCGACAUCGAAAUGGACAGCAAGAGAGUGGACGAAGUUAAGCAAGUCAUGAUGAACGUUACCUUGCCCCAAAGUUCUAUACCCGAGUGGGCGGCGAAUAUACCGGAGGAGGAAUGGAAGAACCAGCUGAUGAAACGGCUCCAGAACAUGAAGGAUGAGGGGAAAUAAAGCGUAUAGAUAUAAUUUUUAAUUUAUUGUUUCAUUCCGGUUACUUUUUAAAAAAACUUAACGCCAAGUCUUAAAAUUUUUAGAUAAACACCUGAAAAGGUUUCUUAAUGUGAUUUUUUUUUAAGUUUUGGUAAGUUUGAGGCACUUUCUUUUAAGAAUUAUAUUUAAAAAAGUUAUAUUUUGAGCUCAUAUUGUAUAUUUUUGUUAUUAAGGUGAAUAUUUUAUGUAAGCCUCGAUUUGUUUAGUAAAAGACUCAUUAUACAGGGUGUAUAUCAAUUUAGAACCUGGAAUUAUCAGGGAGGUACAUAGGUCUGGAAAUAUCGUGAAUUCUUAAGUUUUCAUGUAAUUUUUUCAAAUUCCAGUCGUAAUCGUUGUUUAUUUACAAAGUUGUACCACCGGAUGUCCUGUCGCUGAGAAAUAAAUUUGUUACUACUA